AUGCCUAAAGCCGCGACGAGCUCACGCAACUCAGUUGUGCCACCUCAGAGGGCUCAUCGUAGAUUGGCUGGAGCAGGAACACCUACUGCACAUCCUGUUCGAUCGCUACCAGCAGAUAUGGGAGACGAUAUCCCAACGAUAUCCCGAAGCCCACAACAUCGCCAAGAAAUCACUUCCAAUUCCACAAAGAAAGCUACGCUGGCUGCGAUAAACAGCCCGAGAAAGGAUUUUGAUGUGGUCCAUGCCAACUGCAAGGAAAUCAUCCAGAAAACUGAACAGUCUAACCGGACACUGGCAGAUAGUAUACGCAAGCAAGCGGAGAAUUAUAGCGAAUGUCGAGCCCAGAUGGUCGCUAAUAUCCGAGAAUUCUCCGUCGACGAACAGAAGGCGAUGGAUAAAGCCUCAAGAUUGGCAAACGAGGUUUCGCAACUCCAAGAGCGCCUAGAUACUGCCAUUUCGGAUUAUGAAAAUCUUAUAUCCAGAUAA